CUCAAAGGUAAACAAACAGGCGUGGAGCAGCUUGGGGCCGAUCACCGGCCUGACGCUCUUCUCUAGUGCCUCGUGCAGUGCCACAGCCGCCGCCUUGAGUGCCACAGCCGCCGCCUUGAGUGCCACAAGCACACCACCAAUAGUGUUGCGUUAGAAAUGGAUUCACAGCGAAUAAAAGCCCACCAACAAACCUUUUCUGCAGGAAUGUUGAAAACUAGGCAGGUGGAGGAUAAAGGCAGAUUACCGGCUGCUGUAGAGACAGCAAGAUCCACAGUGGUGUUUAGAAAAUUGUCAGAUGCCUAGACAAUUGGAGCUUAUCAGUUAAAGAAGAACAGUGUUGUGUUAGUGGCAGCGAGACACGCCAGCAAACAUGAAGAUCAACAAGACUUUAUUACCUCUGAAGGCCCAUUACUUCUGUUUCUUAGGAUGCAUGUCACCUAUCAUACCAUUUCUGAUUGUGGUGGGGACCCAGCUGGGCAUCCCCGUAUCAGUGACGGGAUCACUGUCGGCCAUCGCACUGAUGCUCGUGGUGCUAACGAAGCCCAUCAUUGCCACCAUUGCCGAUGCCUUCCCUGCACGAAGGAGAGCCAUCUUCCUCCUGACUCUCGUGUGCAUGGUGGCCUCUUUCAGUUCCCUUAGUUUUAUCCCACCCAUGAAAGAAGUGUUAAGGGCGAGUGGAAAUCUUGUGUGGGCCGAUGAUACUCUCACUGCCCAGCAGUGGCAUGCCAUGAAGCCUCCUUCAGUGUCUGCAGCAGCAGAUUGGGAGGGCGCUAGAAGCCAACCUUUGCUUCAGACUCAAGAUAACGGAGGGUGCUACAUUGCAGAGGCAUGGGACUGCACAGCAUCCUGCAGUCAGCCCUGGGCAUACCUCUUGCCCAACAGUUCCACACCAGACCUUAGACUCAAUGCCCUGGCCAAGGACCACACCCUAAAGGUUUACAACACCACUGAGGCUGUCUCCUCCCACACUUCCAUUAGUAGGUCUCGUGAAGGAGAACUGUUUUGGAGGCACGAAGCAGCAGACGAGGCUACCGCUGGGGUUAGAAGCCGACUUUAUCAGCUGGAAGGUCUCAAUGUUUCCUGGGACUUACUGAUGGCAAAUGUCAGCGUGGAGUGUGGUGGUGGCCAGUGGGAGGGAGGAUGGUGUGCUAAUGUGUGGACCUACUGGGAGUUCUGGAUCUUCACCGCUCUCCUGUUUAUUGGUCAGAUCUCCUUUAAUACUGCCAUCUCCAUUACGGAUGCCAUUACCGUCGAUACCAUUGGGAAGGAUGGGAAUUAUGGAUUUCAACGGGUUUGGGGCACUGCUGGCUGGGGACUAAUGGGCCCUGUUAGUGGACUUCUUAUAGACUUGUGGUCUGGCACCUCCCUCACCAAGGACUACACACCAGCUUUCCUCAUCUGUGCCCUCAUGGGAUCCAUUGAUAUUAUCAUCUCUGGCACUGCUAUUAAGGUUCCAGAGAUGAAGACAGAACAUGACGUCUUAAAGAAGGUGUUGCCGAUCCUGCGCCAGCCUAGAUUCUUCAUGUUUUGCUGCUUUGUCGUCAUGAAUGGUUUCUUUGAUGGUGUCGUAGCCAGUUAUAUCUUCAUCAUGCAGGAGGACAUGGCUCGGGGCACAGACGCCAUGGGCUACAUGAAGUUCCUCCAGGGAAUGACCAUCUUCGUCCAGUGUUCCGCAGAGGUUCCUUUUAUGCUUAUAAAUAACUGGAUCUUGAGAAGACUUGGUGCUGGCUACCUGACCUCACUCGUCUUCUUCCUGUACAUCAUCCGUCUUAUGGGCCUAGCAAUUGUGGGCGCUUAUGGUCCUCUCUGGGGGACACUAGUAAUGGAAGUCCUGAAUGGUCCGUGCUUUGGUCUGGGUUUUACUGCUAUUGUGGUACACUCGGCCAAGAUUUCUCCGCCAGGCACCAGCACCACUGUACAGAGUUUGGUUAACAUCUGCUACGAUAGUAUUGGAUAUGCAUCUGCAUCACUUGUGGGGGGCCUGCUGUACUCGAGUCUGGGUGGCCCUGGUACUUACCUAGUGGCAGGCAUAACAGCUGUUAUUACAUUUGUCCUGCAUCUUGCCUCUCACAAACUAUUUCCACCUGUUCAAGAACCUGGAAUGAUAAGGGGACUAAGAGACAAUGGAGAGGUAGAAGAGAACCUGGAAAAGAUGGUUUUAAAUGGGAACAGGUCAUUUGAAAAUAGGGAUAAGAGCACAGCAGCAGCAGGGAAUGAUGAGGAGUUGGUGGAACUUCAGUCAGAGAAGAUCCAUGACCACUUAGACCACUUAGACCAAAUAUAACGAGUGCCAUAAACCUACAUUUCAUUGCUGUGACAUCACUAGCUUUUGUCCAAUUCCAGUUUAGUUGAUUGUGGGAUAACCUUGUAUUAAAUAUGUGUCAAAUGUUUGACAAUUAAAAAAUUUCUUAUAACAGUGCACCAUUGCACUUUUGUUCCAAUUUUAUAUUUAUAUGUCCUGUAUGCAUACAUGUGUGUAUACGUAUACAGUAUAUAUUAUUUAUUUACAGUAUUUAUUGUUAUUGUACUUAGAUGGCGAUUGAUGCUAGAAUGCUAUAGCUGGCAAGUAGGUUAUACAAUUGCACUUCUUUUAUCUGAAUCACAAUUAAAGUGCUUUUGCCCCAUGUUGAAAUUUUGACAAUGAUACAAAAGUGCCAUUGACCAGAAAAAUAUAUUAAAAAGUAGACAAAAAAAAUCAUGAGUUUGUUAGUUUGCCUUUUGUCAAGAAUCAUAAUAAAGGUUAGGCUGGUAAGGUUGAGAAUGUUCUAAAUGGAGAAAAGUAUUAAAAUGAAAUAUCAUGAUAGUUGAGCAAAAUAAUGAAAAAUAUAAUUAUCACGAAGAUAUGAAAUAAAUGGGGAAGACGGGUGUUGAGGAAAAAACACUGAUAUCAUGAAUAAUUUUAGCAAUACUGCAAAGAAAGUUGGGAACACAACAGCCAGAACUGACUGACACAUUACAACUUAAAGUUAAUGUGGUGCAGGUAAUUAGCUAAGUGAAGUUACAGGAUGAGAGCUAUGCUCGUGGUGUCCCGUCUCCCCAGCACUCUGUCAUAUAACACUUUGAAAUUACUGACGGUUUUGGCCUCCACGACCUUCUCACCUAACUUGUUCCAAUCA